AUGUCUAUACGACCAUUGUGUCCAGAGUUGGCUAAAAAGGCCCGAGAGGAAUUAAACGAAGAUGCAAAAACAAUUGAAAAUGAUCUUCGAGCCAUUAAAGAUUGGUUGUCCAAACAACCACAUUUAAGAGCAAGAACAGAUGAUCAGUGGCUAGUGGCGUUUUUAAGAGGAUGUAAGUACAGCUUAGAGCGGACGAAAGAAAAGUUGGACCUUUAUUACUCAAUGAGAUCUUUGGCACCAGAACUUUUUAGACUCAAGGCUUCGGAUCCACUUUUCAAUGAAAUCAUGGAUUUAGGGACGUAUGUUACUCUCUUGAAAACCGCAACACCUGACUCACCAAGAAUUAUAAUAAUCCGGGCUGGAAGUUAUGAUCCCGCUAAAUAUAACUUCCUCGACAUAUUUUCUGCAGCGUCUAUUAUACAGCGCAUCCUUAUAUACGAAGAUGACGCGACUAUUAUCUCAGGUUUUAGAACAAUUAUGGAUAUGGAAGGGGUCACCCUUGCACAUUGGUUACAAAUAACACCGAGUUCUAUGAAGAAGAUGGCUGUUCUUUCUCAGGACGCGGGACCAGUACGUAUGAAAGGAACACAUUAUAUCAAUACACCUCCAGGAUUCGAAAAUGUUUUUGCCAUUAUUAAAAAUGUGCUUAACGAGAAAAACAGAAGCAGGCUUUACGUUCAUAACAAAAAUUUUGAAGAAUUAUACAAACAUGUCCCACAGGAAAUAUUACCAAAGGAAUACGGCGGAAAUGGUGGUAGUAUUAAGGAGAUCACAGAAUAUUGGAAGGCCAAGGUUCAAGAGUAUAGCUCGUGGUUGGAGGAUGAUUUAAAAUACGGAUCGGAUGAAUCAAAGCGAGUGGGAAAACCAAGGACGGCUGAGACAUUAUUUGGAGUCGAGGGUUCAUUCAGACAACUGGAGUUUGAUUAA